AUGGGAUGCAACGCGCAAAACAAGGUGGUGGUAGUUCCAGGGGAAGUAUGCACACAGGACACGGACGACGCGGGUGACAAAAAUUCGGCCUACCGCCAGUCGUCAACCACAGUGUGGUUGAAGGGUAAGGUAGUGGAAUGGCGAGAACAAGACGGUCGAAGAAGCAAAGCGAAACAAGAUUCUGCACAAGAUAUGUGCAGGAAAAUGAGGCUGCCCAAAAGCGGCGGUGGCACUGGCCAUCAAGGGGGCAGCAAGGAUGCCCGUGAUAUGCACCUUCUCCACGGUCGAAGACGGCAUACGGAACGAAAGGCAGGAGCGAGACGUGGCCGAGUGGAAGAGCCGGGGUGCAAGAUGGCAGAUCGGGCAGGAAGAAUCACGCUUUUGAUCCCUGAAGCGGUCGAAACUGAAUAUGGGAAGGAACGCCCAACGGCAGUCGUUCACCAAAAUGAAGACGGCCAAAAAUGCCGAGAAUGGCAAGAGCGAACGACAACAGAGACGAAACCGUACUUGCAAACAAAUGCGAAAAAACAGCAACUAUCAAGAGUGCGAGAGAUUUGGUUCGUUCAGUUCGACCCUGACCACCGGUGA